GUCCUAUAUAUUCCCCCUCACCCCCUUCCCAUUUUCUUCACUCCUCUGCAUCUCACUCCCUCUCUCUCUUGACUCCUGCUCUUGCUUGGAAUUAAGCUUCAUCCUUUGUGAAAAUGGCACUAGUUGGUCUUUUCUUGGUGGGUUUUCUUUCAAUGGUGUCAAGUGUUCAUGGUCAAGGAUGGAUCAAUGCCCAUGCCACCUUCUAUGGCGGGGGUGAUGCUUCGGGGACUGUAGGCGGUGCUUGUGGGUAUGGAAACUUGUACAGCGAGGGGUAUGGGACGAACACAGCAGCUUUGAGCACAGCUCUGUUCAACAGUGGGUUGAGCUGUGGCUCUUGCUAUGAGAUUAAGUGCGUGAAUGACGGAAAAUGGUGCCUGCCUGGCUCCAUUGUGAUCACAGCCACCAAUUUCUGCCCACCAAACAAUGCCCUUCCAAACAAUGCAGGAGGGUGGUGCAACCCUCCUCUGCAUCACUUUGAUCUCUCUCAGCCUGUCUUCCAACACAUUGCCCAAUACAGAGCUGGGAUUGUCCCUGUCUCUUACAGAAGGGUACCCUGCAGGAGGAGGGGAGGCAUCAGGUUUACCAUCAAUGGCCACUCCUACUUCAACCUAGUCCUCAUCACAAACGUUGGUGGAGCUGGUGAUGUUCAUGCUGUGGCCAUCAAAGGGUCAAGGACUGGCUGGCAGUCUAUGUCCAGGAACUGGGGCCAAAACUGGCAGAGCAACAACUAUCUUAAUGGACAGAGCCUCUCAUUCAAGGUCACCACCAGUGAUGGGCACACUAUUGUCUCCUACAAUUGUGUCCCUGCUCACUGGUCCUUUGGCCAGACCUUCAGUGGAGCACAGUUUCGCUAAACGCUUUGGAGCUCCUACUCCUAUAAUACCUAUAGUUUGCUAGGUGAUAUAUCAUAUAUAUAUAUAUAUAUAUAUAUACUAAGUUUAGGAAUUAGUAUGGCCAAUUUAGCUUGUUAGAGGAUAUACUGUUGUCCUUGGGGGUCAGUCUUGCCCUUUUCUUGGGUAAAAAAAGAAAAGGGAGGAAGGGCUUUUUUUGAAAUAGCCCUGAUCAUUUAAAUUUGCAUUUGUCAAUGUGGCCUUGUAGGGGUAGGGGUACCCUAUUCAGAGACCCUUAUUCUUGAGGCCCUUUUUCAUGGCAGAGGUGGUCUUUUACCACCCGCCACUAGUAUCUGAGUUGUAAUUUGCUUUAUUUUGAAAAUUUUGCUUGUAAGGUCAUUGUAAUCGGCUCUGGCUGAAUAUGCCCUUAGAUGGUGUUAUCUUCAAGUGUAUGAGACUUGAGUGUAAAUUCUGAGUUUUAUUAGUAAUGAAAAGAGAGUGCUAAUCUCUUUUAAGCA